ACUGCUGCUAGACUGACUGCUGCUAGACUGACUGCUGCUAGACUGACUACUGCUAGACUGACUGCUCCUAGACUGACUGCUCCUAGACUGACUGCUCCUAGACUGACUGCUCCUAGACUGACUGCUCCUAGACUGACUGCUCCUAGACAGACUGCUCACAGACAGACUGCUGCUAGACGUCUAGACAGAUUGCUUCUAGACAGACUGCUGCUGGACUGCUCCUAGACAGACUUCUGCUGGACUACUCCUAGACAGACUACUACUAGACUGUUCCUAGACAGACUGUUGCUAGACUUCUUCUCGACAGACUGCUGCUUGACAGAAUGCUCCCAGACAGACUGCUGCUAGACUGCUCCCAGACAGACUGCUACUAGACUGACUGCUGCUAGAGAGGCUGCUCCUAGACAGACUGCUGCUAGACAGACUGCUACUAGACAGACUGCUGCUAGACAGACUGCUACUAGACGUCUAGACAGACAGACUGCUGCUAGACAGACUGCUGCUAGACAGACUGCUGCUAGACAGACUGCUGCUAGACAGACUCCUACUAGACAGACUGCUCCUAGACAGACUGCUCCUAGACAGACUGCUGCUAGACGUCUAGACAGACUGCUGCUAGACGUUUAGACAGACUGCUGCUAGACAGACUGCUCCUAGACGUCUAGACAGACUGCUGCUAGACAGACUGCUUCUAGACGUCUAGACAGACUGCUGCUAGACAGACUGCUCCUAGACGUCUAGACAGACUGCUGCUAGACAGACUGCUCCUAGAUGUCUAGACAGACUGCUGCUAGACAUCUAGACAGUCUGCUGCUAGACACAUCUGAGAGGGAGCGCUGCUCCUUAGCUACAGCCAGGUGGCAGAAGCACCAGGUGAGGUGGAUAGACACCGCAGCUUAACACACACUCAAGCACACACACAAACACACACACACACGCGGACACAUCACGCAGAUGUCAGGUGAUCAUUUAUUUUCUGUUUCACUCAGGUCUGUGACACUUCCCAGUGAGGGCCAGGUCAGGAGGCCUGCUAUCCCGGCCCACCACGACCUCAUCCUGUCUCUGCUGGCUAAAAUUGACCAGGGGGUCAUCACUCAGACAUGCCCUGACCCAGAGAAUAUGUCUUAAUUUGGCAGGCAUUUGAGCAGAAGUUAGACGCAACGAGCUUCCAGGGCACUCAGUGGCCAGUUGACAUCAGGAACAUGGAUGUGGAGCCAGAGACGCUACAUCAGCCUCCUCAGCUUGAUACCUAAUGUCACCUCCACUCCCUCUCCCUCACGGGCAAGCAUUACAAAUACGGCUUAGUCUAGCUCUUCAGCUCUCAGACCUGCUCCCAUCCUGGUCAGUUUCAAGAGACCAAUGGAGAGAUGCCAGAGAAACCAGAACUGCCUGAGAAGGAGAGAUGCUGGUUUGAUCAAUCAGCUGCAGGAGUUGGACAGGCAGAUCAGUGACCUCCGGUUGGACACGGAGGCGUCACGUGAACACGUGGAGACAGACAGCCGCCCGAGCUCAGGCUUUUACGAGCUGAGCGACGGCGCUUCAGGGUCCCUCUCCAACUCUUCCAACUCGGUGUUCAGCGAGUGUUUGUCCAACUGUCGCUCCAGCACCUGUUUCUGCAGUACCCUCGACACAUCGCUGUGUGCCUCCGAGGGAAGGCUCAAAUCUGCAGAUGAGCUGGACAACUGUGCUGAGUGCGAGGGCCAGUGUGAGGAGCAGCAGAUGUCAGGGACAGUCAGGAGGUCCCCCUCUGCUCCCUACUCCCCCUCUACAGACACCUCCACUCAGGACAUUCAGUCCAAGUACCACUGUGACCUGAUUGCCAAGAACGGCAGUGACGUGUACCGCUAUCCCAGCCCCCUCCAUGCCGUGGCCGUACAGAACCCCAUCUUCUUACAGUCUCUGGCCGAACACCUCAAAGAGGACGGAGGGCUGUCAAAGAGCGGCGGCUGCAUCAAGGGCUCCAGUGACUGUCAGAAACUGGAGCAGCAGCCUAUUCUGGUGCCCCAGAGCACUUCUUGGUCUGCCUCCUACUCGCCCGCUAAUAAACGACUGGACAAUUAUAUCUUCAGCCUGCUUCAGAGGAGGGCUCAGCCCAUUAGGACCAACAAGCCACGGACGAGCAUCAGCACAGACCCCUCCAAGAGCAUCCUAAGGCAGGGUAGUCUGUGUGUGAGGCAGGCCAGUGUUGGCCAGCAGCAGCCACAGGGACUGUGGACUGCUCCUGUUACUGACCUCAAACCAGCCUGGCAGACGUGUUUACAUGCAGGAGGUGCCAGUAACAAUGAUCCAGGAACAGGCUCCCAACAGAGACAGUGGUCAGUGGAGAGCAAAGGGGAACUCCUCUUAGAAAAUGGGAUGGUGUCCCAGUCUUUGGUCCAACCUCAGAACGGAUAUGCCACAAUCAACAGCAGUGACAUUCACACCAACAGCCUGGUGACCAACACCAACAGUCUGGUGAAAAAGAAGGCGUCAACCAAUAAAGGACUUCCAUUGUCGACCGGUCCUCUGUCUAAAGAUUACCAAGACCUGGGCGCCCCCAAUGCCAACUCCUCCCCCAAAGAGAGAAAGCAAUCUUAUUUCCUUAAUGCUCAAGAGGAAAACAUUACUAAACUCUCCCAGACACUGCCAAGAGACCUCACCAAAACAGGCACUCCCAAGAAAAGCCCUAAGAGCAUUGCGGUCUCAGUCCAUACAGCCCGGCACACUAAAGAAAAGAGGCCAAUGCUGGAGCUGGUGAGUCUGGGGUCUUCCUCCCAGAGCCAGGAUGAGAGUCAGGGUCACAUGGUCAGUGCCCAGUACAUCCCCGCCCAGAGGCAGGUGGUCAAGCUCCGCAAGGGGGGCAAAAACGUUAAGAUUGUCAAGGUGAAGAGCGCCUCCCUGAAACCACAUAGGGGGACGCACGCACAUGCUGAGCCUGUAUCAUCAGAGAUGGCGAGGACGAGGGAGAACGGUCACCGAUCUGGAGGAUCUAGGAAGUCUCGUCAGCCUGAGGAGGUACAACAUGUGCACAAAAUCUCCUCCAAGAGGGUGGCAUCCUCCAGGGCCAAGCGCACCGUCCCAGCAUCUAUCCCUGAGGGCCGGGUCCUAGAGAAACACACGGCCACCGUGUCUACAACAAGGUCCACUGUGAUCAGGCAUCACGGCCACCAUGGUAGGGAGGUGGUGGUGGCCAAGCCCAAGUACAAGCGGACAAGCGGACAGGACUACAACCGUGGAAGGCUGAGAGCCAUCACUGAGGUGCCUUACGAUGAGGCCCUCAGGAGAGCCCACCGCAGGCAGAAGAAGGAGCUCCUCGGCCAGGUCUCCACAACCACCACCAUGUACCUGCCUUCCAACGCGCAGUUCACCAGCCCUUACGCCUACGUGGCCGGCAGCGACUCUGAGUACUCCGCAGAGUGCGCCUCACUCUUCCAUUCCACCAUCAUGGACACCAGUGAGGACGAGCGGAGCAACUACACCACCAACUGCUUCGGGGACAGCGAGUCCAGCUUGAGUGAGGCGGACUUUGUUGAGGAGAGCACUACCAGCAGUGACUCUGAGGAGAGUGGAGGGAUGAACUGGCCCCAGUUUGCAGGGCAGGGCGCUGGGCCUCAGGAAGUAACCACUGCCCAGGUUAAGGCCUUCGUCAAGAUCAAGGCCUCUCACAACCUGAAGAAGAAGAUCCUCCGCUUCCGUUCUGCGGGCUCGCUGAAACUGAUGACGACUGUAUGAGGGAGGGACUUCAGGGUGUCGGGCAGGAAGCAGCGACUAAGCCAAUCAAAUUGGCCGCGCUCUCUCUCUGCCCAACAAGUGCCUAGGCUGAUUUUCUUAUUUACAGAAAGUCUCUGCUAAAGUUAGUCUCAGAGACGUUUAAGGAAACAUUUUAAUUGGGUUUGUACAAAAUGUCUGGCAUACUCCCUCUCCCCGCACUUUCUGACAAACAUUGGACAGGGUGAAAAGCAUCUGAGUAGCCCCAUUAUUUUGUUGUAUGUAGCCAUUUUUUGUAUUUAUUAUGGACUUUACCCUUGCUGUAGUACAUGGCAAAAAAAUCUGUAAAUGCUUUUAAUGGUUAUGGUUUACUUUUUGAUUAAAUAUAUUUAAACUUAAUAUAUUUGAUUGGUACUUAUUGGAUACAUAUUUGAUUGAGGGUUGAAGCAGAGUAUUACUUAAAAGUGGCUGUAAGGAAUAUUCAUGCAUAUAAACUGACAGACUCUUCUGAAAACUGCUGAAGAUACCAUGGUAACACUUUGAUAUAUGUACACAUAAGAUCUGCAUGAGCAACUGCUUUACCUUCAUCUGUUGUUGAUACCAAGUAGCUAGCUGUACAUUGCCAAUUGAUGUAUAUAAUGUUUGUGUGUUAAUACUGGUGCUUAACCUUUUUUAUGCAUUAUUAAAUGUCUGCUUUAAAAUCAA